UCCUGCUCCUCUGGUCAGGAGGUCACAGUGUGGUCUGAGGCAGGAAGAGGGAACAGGAAGGAGCAGUUUGUCUGGCAGCACAUGGCAGGAGGCCAGCGGCUGAGCUGCAGAGAGAGCUGAGCUGCGUCCUGAUUCCUCAUUCCUGUCUGUGUGCAGCCUGGUGGAUGGCGAGUGGACAUCUGUCGAGGGAGGAGGCCUUGGCCUGCGAGGGCUGCAGGCAUGCCUGUCAUGUGAUGCUCUACUGCGACACGGACGCCCGACUCUUUGGGAGGAAACCCAUCAAGCAUGUCAUCCUGAUGCAGAUGCGUUUUGACGGCCUGCUGGGUUUCCCUGGCGGGUUCGUGGACCCGCAGGAGGAGACCCUGGAGGCGGGGCUGACCAGGGAGCUGUCCGAGGAGCUGGGCCUGGCCUUACCCAUAUCUGAGGAGCAUCAUGUGGAGGCUCGCUACGCCCCCGCUUCGCCCUCCUCCUCCUCCUCCUCCUCCUCCUCCUCCUCCUCCUCCUCCCUCAUCCUUCACUUCUAUGUGAAGAAACUGACGGAGGAGCAGAUCAGGGAGGUGGAGCUCGCGGCCGUAUCCACGGCGGCAGACCAUGGACAUGAGGUCCUGGGGAUGGUCAGAGUCCCGGUCUACGCCCUGAAGGCCGGCGGCGGCCUCGGGCCCUUCCUGUCGCACGCCUUCAUCGGCAACGCCCGCUCCCAGCUGCUGGACUCCAUGCUGCGCCUGAACCUGGUCACGCCGCACGAGCUGCACAGGGCGCUCGCGCACGCCCUGAGCGGCCAGGCGCGCACGACCCGGGACCUACGGGCGGCCGCCGCCGCCGUGGAGGGGCGGGGGCCGCUGCUCUGAAACACUGCCGGUGCAGUCCGAGUCUCUGCAAGCAGUGGCACACUUAAUCCCACACACACACACACACACACACACACAGUCCUGCUGACUCUGAGCUCGUGACUCAUAAUUGCAAACUGUGCAUCAAACAGUUUUGGGCCAAACAUUAUGGAAAUGGUUAUUCACACGUUCCAUCACACCCUCCACAUCCCCGUCGUCUGGACUCCUUUGAACCGUCACGUUGCUGUUUUUUCUUUUUCUUUCAACGGAAAAAAUAAAUUCAAUUAUAAGUUGCAUUUAUAUGCCGCUGUGAUCAAACCCGUUCUGAUGGUGACAUUUUAAAUUCUAACCAAAGGCUCCCACAUGACUCACACAACGUUUAAAAAAAAAAAAAAAAAGCAUCCCAUGAGAGUUUAACAGUGAAAACAUUCAGUUUGCCAAAAUUCUGUUCUGCAGGAGGAAACAGUUUUUAUUUAUUUUGAUCAUUUUUUUAAAAAAUCAAAUGUCAAACAUUUGAUCUGAGAAGCUGUGCUUAUUCAUUAUUUUAGAUGGAGCAUUUUCAUAUUUACAAAAUACAAUAACAAAAA